UCUACAGACAGAACUAAUCCAAUUGACAAACAUGUGGGAAUUAUGAUAAAUAAGUACGGCUUAGGAAGUGCUCCAUUAGCACCUCAGAUGUUUGCAAAUGCUGGCAAAGAACAUAUGGAAAAAUACGGGACAAAGCCAGAAUACUUUGCAAAAAUUGCAUGGAAGAAUCAUAGCCAUUCAACUAACAACCCGUAUUCCCAGUUCCAAAAGGAGUACACAUUAGAUGAAAUUCUGCAUUCUCGUAAAAUUGUUGAUUUCUUGACGGUCUUACAGUGUUGUCCAACAUCAAAUGGCGCUGCAGCUGCAAUUUUGGCUAAUGAGGAGUUUGUGAAAAAGCACAAGUUGCAGCCGCAAGCUGUGGAAAUUCUAGCCCAGGUGAUGACUACUGAUUAUCCAAGCACCUUUGAAGAAAACAGCUGUAUGAAGGUGGUUGGCUAUGAUAUGACUAAAAAAGCUGCAGAAAAAUGUUAUGAAAAAGCGGGCCUAAAACCUACAGAUGUUGAUGUGAUUGAACUUCAUGACUGUUUCUCAGUUAAUGAGCUCAUUACCUACGAAGCUCUGGGACUCUGUCCAGAAGGAAAAGCAUGUGACCUGAUUGAUAGAGGAGACAAUACUUACGGAGGAAAAUGGGUGAUUAAUCCUAGUGGUGGCUUGAUUGCAAAGGGACAUCCACUUGGUGCUACAGGGCUGGCGCAGUGCGCGGAGCUCUGCUGGCAGCUGCGCGGCCUGGCCGGGCGGAGGCAGGUCCCGGGGGCAAAGGUCGCGCUGCAGCACAACCUGGGCCUCGGCGGGGCCGCGGUGGUCACCCU